ACGCGCGUGAGCCCAUGGCGAGGGGACCCGCCGCCGCCGCCGCCCCUGCCUGCGCCGCUGCCAGCUCCCGGGCACCAUGCGCGCCGCCCCGAGCCUCCGCCGCUGCGUCUGCCUGCUGCUCGCCGCGAUCCUCAACCUGGCGCGCGCCUACCUGACGGUCAACAUUGAACCCCUCCCACCCGUGGUGGCUGGUGAUGCCGUGACCUUGAAGUGCAACUUCAAGACAGAUGGCCGUAUGCGAGAGAUCGUGUGGUACCGGGUGACAGACGGUGGCACUAUCAAGCAGAAGAUUUUCACAUUCGAUGCCAUGUUCUCCACCAACUACUCACACAUGGAGAACUAUCGCAAGCGUGAGGACCUGGUGUACCAGUCUACUGUGAGGCUCCCUGAGGUGCGAAUCUCAGACAACGGGCCCUACGAGUGCCACGUAGGCAUCUACGACCGUGCCACAAGGGAAAAGGUGGUCCUGGCAUCAGGAAACAUCUUUCUCAAUGUGAUGGCUCCUCCCACGUCCAUUGAAGUGGUGGCUGCAAACACUCCGGCUCCCUUCAGCCGCUACCAAGCUCAGAACUUCACUCUGGUUUGCAUCGUGUCUGGAGGGAAACCAGCACCCAUGGUUUAUUUCAAACGUGAUGGGGAGCCCAUUGACGCCGUGCCCCUGUCUGAGCCACCGGUUUCCAGCUCUGGCCCCUUCCACGACAGCAGGCCCUUCCGGAGCCUCCUACAUCGGGACCUGGAUGACACCAAGAUGCAGAGGUCCCUGUCUCUGCUCGAUGCUGAGAACAGGGCCAGGCAUCCUUCCACGGAGCGCCCCUCCCGGGGCCUGACCCAGAACCCCAGUGUCCUCCUGCAGCCAACCACUGAGAACAUCCCGGAGACGGUGGUGAGCCGUGAGUUUCCUCGCUGGGUGCACAGCACCGAGCCUGUCUACUUCCUGCGACAUAGUCACACGCCGGGCAGCGAUGGCACCGUGGAGGUGCGUGCCCUGCUCACCUGGACGCUCAACCCACAGAUUGACAAUGAGGCCCUCUUCAGCUGUGAGGUCAAGCACCCGGCGCUGUCCAUGCCUAUGCAGGCAGAGAUCACGCUGGUUGCCCCCAAAGGACCUAAAAUCAUGAUGACACCCAGCCGAGCCCGGGUUGGAGACACUGUACGGAUUCUGGUCCAUGGAUUCCAGAAUGAAGUCUUCCCAGAGCCGCUAUUCACGUGGACACGGGUGGGCAGCCGCCUCCUGGACGGCAGUGCUGAGUUCGCCGGGAAGGAGUUGGUGCUGGAGCGGGUGCCCGCAGAGCUCAACGGUUCCAUGUACCGCUGCACGGCCCAGAAUCCUCUGGGCUCCACUGACACCCACACCCGGCUCAUUGUGUUCGAAAACCCAAACAUUCCAAGAGGAACAGAGGAUUCCAAUGGUUCCGUCUCUGGCCCUGCUGGCAUCUGGCUCACCUUGGUGCUCGCCCUAACAGUGGUUCUGGAGCUGACGUGAAGGCCUAGUCCUGCCCUGCACCCCAUUGGCACUGACAUCUCCGCCAUCAGUUUCAUUUCUUUUCUAAACGAUUUCCAGUCUGGUUCUUAGUCUCUUUCUGUCUAUGUCUUGGCUUCUUCAAUCGGUUUGAUUAAAACAAACAGAACAAUUUUCCCCA